CUUCCUGCGGUGGUGCCGGCCACACCCUGCCCUGGGGUGCUGUCCACUUCCUCCUCCAUCAGGGCUGCACCUCAGAACCUCCUGGGCAGGGGCGAGGACAGAAGGACCAGGAUGGACAGAUUCCGGAUGACUCCCGGCGGACUCUCCCUUCUGGCAGCUCUGGUUCUGUGGCCAGUUCAGGCCCAACCCUUGGCCCAGAGGAAGCCAUGGCUGGUGGGGCUGGGGGCCACUCUGGCUUUCCUCUUCUUCAUCUUCAUCCUCACAGUUGUCUACGCUGUCUGGUGCAGUGAGUCUCGGGACAGUAAUAAAGAGAAGGAAGGGGAGACUGUGAGAAAGGAGGAAAAGGAAGGAGAGGCCAACUGGGGGCUGGAGCUGGAGCUGGAGCUGGAAGAGAAAGAGGAGCCUUCAAACCAUGCAAGAAUGGUGAGCUCCGCAUGAAGGCUUCCUGCUCACCUCUUCCAGGCAGCCCCUAGGGAUGCACUGAUACCUGCUCUGCACCCUAUAAGCAAAGACCUGGUCCUGGCAUGCGAAAUGACUCCACUAGGGUAGUGUCCCUGAAUGAAGAAGACCCAGGACCCACCCCAAAUCCCUCCUAGAGGGCUCUUUGCAUGUUACCUAGGCAUUACACACCCCCUCCCCAAGCUUGGUCUUCACCUGGUAAUUCUCAAGCUCGGAGGGCACCCCUGGACAAGGAGCUCACCACAUCCCCGAGAUCCCCACCAUCUCAUAUCUCUACCCAGUCUGCACUGCAGCCAUCUUCUUAACCCACUGCCUGGUUUCUUUUCCCACCUGAUUUCUGCUGCCCUUUGGAGUUCAUCAUAGAAUCCAGCUCUUCUCCUGCUCUCCUACCUCUAAGAUCUUUCGAGGCCCUGUUCCCAUGAGUCCAUAGGCCAACCCCUUUCCUGGCCUCGGUUUGUGUCUCUGCCACAUGGGGGCUGGGGGAAUCGCCAUCACAUCCUGCUCAAGCCCCCUUUCACUGGCAAGAGGGAAGGUGGGGAGAAACCGUGCAAAUAGUUCUGCCAGUCUGCAGGACCCAGGGCAGAGCCAGCCCUCCUCGUGCAAUCUCCCUUUUGCUGCUCUUGACCAUGAACUUUGAGCACCAGGCUGUUUCCUGGCAGAUGAGGGCCCCUCCCACUAUAUGCUGAGUUUCAGGGCCCUGUUCUAGAAGUUGUAACACCCAGGAGCUGGGUGUGGGGGUGCACAGCGUCAUCACCCCACUCUUCCUAUCCUGCAUUCCUGGUGGUGGCUCCACAGAGAGAGUUGGGAGUCCCAACUUUCUAGCUGUGUGGCCUGGGGCAAGUAACUUAACCUCUCUGUGCCUAAGUGUCCUGUUCUGUAAAAAGAGAGGAAAAUAACUAUUUCUUCAUGUCUUCAUGAGGAUUAAAUGCAAUAAUGUCUACAAAAAUCCUGAGCACAGAACCCAGAGCCCAAAAAGCAUCUAAUAAAUGUCAGCUUUUGUUACGCUGAAAUGAAGAUUGGGCAGAGUGAAUGAACCUUCCCCCUUAGACUAGGGGGAUUCUGAAGGUCAGAGGGUGUGUUUUCAGACCACAGCUCUGGGAGUGCAGGAACUUUCUGCCUCCUCUCUUUUGUGUCCAGUCUGGGGGUUCCCAGUGGGCGGGGUGCUGGGGAGGGGAGGGAAGGGAGAAGGGGAUGUUUGGGAGGGAAGGGAGAAGGGGAUGUUUGGGCGGGACUUCCCCACUAGGGGGCGUCUGGAAAUUUUAGGGGGCGUCUUUUGGGUUGUCACAAGCCAGCCCCCUUUUAUGGCAUUUAGUGGGGACCCAGGGAUGGCAAACAGCCUGCAGUGCUGGGACAGCACCCCAAAGCAAAGAACUGCUUCAUCCUAGGGGCCAAUGGCUGAAAAACAGAGGUUUUCCUUGAGGUCAAAGGCCAGACUGA